CCGCGCGCCACGGUCGAGCAGAGCGGAGCAGAGCGGAGCAGAGCGGAGCAGGGGCUGGCGCGCGGGCCUCCCUUUCCUUCCCCCCACGAGUUUAAGUAACACCAUGGGGAUUCACGGCCUACUCCAGUUUAUCAAGGAGGCUGCUGAACCUACCCACGUGAAGAAAUACAAAGGGCAGACGGUAGCUGUGGACACUUACUGUUGGCUGCACAAAGGCGCUUAUGCUUGUGCUGAAAAGCUGGCCCGAGGAGAGCCGACAGAUCUUUAUGUAGCUUUCUGUAUGAAACUUGUUGAUAUGCUGCUCUCAUUUGGAAUUAAACCAAUUUUGGUAUUUGAUGGAUGCACCCUACCUUCUAAGAAGGAAGUGGAAAAGGCCCGACGAGAGAAGCGUCAAGCCAGUCUUCUGAAGGGGAAACAAUUGUUGCAGGAAGGGAAACUGUCAGAAGCUAGGGAAUGUUUUGGGCGCAGUGUAAAUGUUACCCAUGUUAUGGCUCAUGAAGUUAUUAAAGCUGCACGAGCCCGGGGAGUUGAUUGUAUUGUUGCUCCUUAUGAAGCUGAUGCUCAGUUGGCUUAUCUUAAUAAGAUUGGCAUGGUUCAAGCUAUAAUUACAGAAGACUCCGAUCUUUUAGCCUUUGGAUGUAAAAAGGUGUUUCUGAAAAUUGACAAGUUUGGAAAUGGACUAGAGAUAGAUCAAGCUCGACUAGGAAACUGCAAGCAGCUUGGAAAUGUAUUUACAGAAGAGAAAUUCCGCUACAUGUGUAUUCUUUCUGGUUGUGACUACCUCUCAUCAAUUCAUGGAAUUGGGUUAGCUAAAGCAUGCAAGUUACUAAAAUUAGCCAACAAUCCAGAUAUUAUAAAGGUUAUUAAGAAAAUGGGGCAGUACCUGAAGAUGAAUAUAACAGUAUCAGAAGAAUACAUCCAGGGUUUCACACGAGCCAAUAAUACAUUCCUUUAUCAGUUAGUUUUUGAUCCUGUCAACAGAAAAUUAGUUCCUCUGAAUGCGUAUGGUGAUGAUAUUGAUCCAGAAACACUCAUUUAUGCAGGACGACAUUUUGGUGAUGGGACAGCUUUUCAAAUUGCCAUUGGCAACAUUGAUAUCGAUACAAUGGAACAAAUUGAUAACUAUAACCCUGACACUGCACAGCCUGUGCAACAGAGAAGUUGUAGCUGGAAUGACAGACAUGCUAAUCAUGUAAAUAGCAUUUGGAGCAGAGACUACAAGCUUGACCCUAAGGCAGAUACUGUUCCUCAUAAAAUGCAUUUACCAGAGAAACCAACCACCAGAGGCAUGGAGAAGAUAAUUAGUGUUAAAGGGCUAAAACUUCCAGGCAAAGAGCUCUUGGCAAAAAGGCCAAGGAGUGAUUCAGAAGAAAUCUCAGAUGGAGAUCUGUUGAACCAAUAUUCAUUUUCAAAAUCAAAAAAACUCAAGAAGGAGAGUGAUGAUGAUGGUCAAGCACCAAGGAGUGUCUCAGCAAUACAAAGCCUUGAUUCUUCAGGGAAUUCUGUCACUCAAGAAAGCUCUAACUCUCUGCCUAGAGUUAGAAAUAAAUUUGCUUCCUUUCUACAAAGGAAAAACAAAGAGAAGGAUGCUGUAAUUGUUCCAGGAACAAGAAGCAGGUUUUUCUGUAAUGAUGCAAUUGUGUUUGAAUGUAGAGGAAAGAAGGAUGAUAGUGAUCUAACCCAAGAUGCUGAGCAGGAUUGUCAGAAACAGGAAGUAAAACAUGUAGAAGAUGUUUCUCAGUUUUCAGAAAGUGAAAAAUCAACAAGGACUAUCUUUACACCUCCUGGAGAAAUGCAGAAAAGUUGCUUUCGGUGGUUUAGCAGCCUCCUAAAUUCAGGAAAUUCUGGUCCAUCUCAUACUGUAUUUUCAGAGCAAUUUCACCAACAGAGAAGCAACUGUGUGGUAUCCCAAGAAGAUCACAUUAAUGGGGUACAAACAGAGAGCGGGGCAGUCUGUGGCGAAUCAGAGGAGGAAUCCUCCCCCUUAACAGAACUGGAACAGUCAUCACUGGCUCAAAGGUCUUGUGAGCCAUCAGAAUGCAGUUUGGAGUCUUCAGAAAUACCGCAAGUGUGUAACAACAGUUCAGAUGCAGAAGAAUAUGACUCCAAAUCAAAACUGGCUGAUGAUCAAAGUUAUCGGUUUCCAGUGUUUUCUGCUGUUCAAACUGACAGAAAAAAUACAAACAUAAAGACCAAGGUUCCUGGUUUACAUAAAUCCAGUUGUGUAGGGUCGCGUAUUGUAACAAAGCUCAAGCCAUUGAUACCAGCUAAAGUAAGUGGAUUAAGCAGGAAACUGUCACCUGUGCUGAAGAGAAAUCACUGUGAUGCUGAAAAUAAGCUGGGACUGCAAGCCACCAUUAGUGAACUCCGGAAAAACUUCCAGUUUAAAAGGGAGUAUGAAAAACUUCCUUCUUGUAAAAAGUCAGAUCCAUUGUCUCCAAUCAAAGAUAAUAUACAGCUCACUCCAGAAACAGAAGAAGAAAUCUUCAAUCAUCUGGAACGUAGUCAUGUUCAGAGAGCUAUAUUCCAAUGAACUGUAUGCUGUGCACAAUAGGAUGCAUUUUUAAUCAUUGUCAAAAUUUGCCUUCUGGAUAUUUCAUCAAUAUAGAAAAGAUGCUUUGAAAACCAACUAUAUAUUUUAGUCUGACUAAUGAUUUGUCAUCUUUUUU